AGCGCUGACCCGGGGGUGACCCAGAAAAAUUAGCUGUCAUUGCAAUCAGCUGUGUGAGGGGGACAGCUCCAAAAAGGACCUGCACAAUUUUACAACAGACAUGGCUCAAAUAUAUUACCUGCUGAUCUGCAUGCUGGCUUGUCAAUGUCCCGCAGUCAGCGGGCUGUUUGAAUGGGUGAAAGGAGCGUCGGCUCCAAAAGCAGCAGCAGCAGCAGCAGCAGCAGCACCACCACCACCACCUCCUCCACCUGCAGCAGCCGAAGUCCCAGCACUUCUUACAAAGAAUGCUCAAUUUGAGAUGGCUACUGCAGAUGAGAGGUUUUUGGCUGAAGCAAAGCAGAUGGAGAUCAGCCCGUUAGACGGCUGCCACUACAAGGUUGUUGCCCGGCUGAAGGGGAGCUGUGAGAGCCUACCAGAGGAACCGCUCGCCAAGCUUGGAGUGGUUUUGUUUAACUGCCAGGCAGAGGCUGAGGGGCGUCGCACCUUCCCAUGUACAGAGGAAAUGACCAUAAAAGAGUGUACAGAAGGCAUGGAUUCAGACACAUGGAAUGCGUACCACAUAGUGAGCAACAGAGCGCGCUCAGUCUGCUACUCCACGCGCCAGCAGCUGUUUCGGCGCCGAGCAGAGCACACCGUCAACGCUCUCAUCUCCACAGCGACCAGCCAACUGGAUGCAAUGAAGGACCUGAAGGAGGGCCAGCUGGAGCUGAAGGAACUGACUGCAGCCUCCCUUGACAAAGUGCUGGAUGGUCACAGUGCCCUGCAGGCCCAGCAGGGGAAACUGUUUGAGGGCCAGGGCCAAAUGGAGAGCUCACUGAGGGACAACCUGGAGCGGCUGGACCAGGAGAAAGUCCUCAUCGCCUCUGGACAGGAACUGGUAGCCCAGCUCAUUCAGGGCAUUAAGAAGAAGAUGGAGAAUGUGAGUGAGCAUCUGCAGCUCCAAGGCUCGGAGGUGCAGGACAGCCACAAGGCGAUUGUUAACAACCUUGCAGACGUCGGACACCAAGCUCAGGACAUUCACCAAAAAAUUGACCACAGCAUGUCAGAGUUCCGGCAGUACCAGGACCAGACCUCGCAGUACUACACUGACCUGAUGAAGAAACUGGAGCGCAUGAACGGCACCCUGGGAGCCAUGCUGCACUUCCUGGAAAACAUGCAGAGCCGCGUUGAGGACAGACUUCACAUGAUCCAGUGCUAUCUCGGCCGGGCAGGUUUGAGCCUGGCAGCCAUGUGGACGUGUAUCGCACAUACGAGCUACUUCCUCCUGUGUGCUGUCCUGCUGACAUUCCUGCGUUGUCCCGGUUUCUCCCGAGUCAUGCUGCUGCUCACCGUGCCUCUGAACGCAGUGUCUGAAAUGAACCAGCAGCCGGCGCUGGACCUCACCAGCCUCAGCCUGCUGCUGCUCCUUCUCUGCCUGGCUCGGUGGUUUUUAGGCAAGUUGUUGGCGUGCUUCCAGAACAGAGGAAAGCCAGCGACCCCACGUGGCAUUGCAGAGCCCCCGAAGACAGAUUCAUCUCGCGACUCGUGUCCACCGUCCUCCACACCUCAGAAGAAUGAAACUUAUGGUUUAAUGGAAAAUGACGACCUGUGGAAUCAGGACAGCUUCAUAUCAGGUAACUUUGGAGUAUCAGCAGUGUCCACCCCUCCCAGGAGGUCGAUGCCAGAGUCCAGGUUCACUCCGAUCAUUGGCACACCAAAUUACUCCACCCCCAGGCCACGUCUUUCAGCGGCUUUGUUUGCUGAUAUCCCCCCAAGGAGCAUGGGAUGUGUUUAUGAUGCAGCGAACCACUCGCUUGAUUUAGUGAACGACUCACGAAGUGCCAGUCCGACCCCAUCACUAAUCAGCAACAGCUCUCUAUCAGGCCGUCAGCUGUGCAAUGCAGUCACAAAAACAGGGAAGGCCUGUAAGAAGAGAGCCGUGCUGGGACAGGAGUACUGCAGAGUCCACGAAGGGGGGCACACCUCCUACGUUUUUAAAUGAGCACUACACUUUUCUUUUUUCUUAAGACUACAAAGGUUUUUUUUAAUGUAUUUUUCAGUAUGUUUACUUGUUUUUUUUCUUUGCCAGAGGGCCUUCUCUGCAGGAGAUUAAACUGUUAUUGUGAUGUCAUUGUAUGUGCUGCCGGCAGUUCAGUUUUCACUCAAUAAAUUAUUUCU